AUGCUGCUGCUACAGACUUUACAACGCGGUAGCCGGCAUGGAUUACAAAGGACAUCUGGUAGCCUCACUUUCCGCACCUCAACAUCUCAUCUCCGGACAACGCCGGCAAGACCUCUGAGCUUCGCAAAUGCCCAGCAUCUUCAGAAGAGACUAGCGAAUGGCCAACCCAGCCGGAUACCAGCUCGCAUACUCCACACCACCAGCGUUCUUACGCAGCAAGCGCAGACAGCUUCAGCAACAGCCACACUCCAAACUUCCACACCUCAACUCUCCGCCUAUCAGCCGCCCACCACGGGGCUGCUCUCCUACUUGCCUUCGUCCUUCGUCCCCUAUGCGGAGCUGGUUCGACUCGACAAGCCGGUGGGCACGUACUACCUCUUCUUCCCCUGCCUCUUCAGCACUCUCCUCGCAGCGCCUCUCGCAACCCCAAUCGCAGCCCCAACCGCCGUCCUUGGAACUUCGCUCCUCUUCCUGACCGGCGCGCUCGUCAUGCGCGGCGCCGGCUGCACCAUCAACGACCUCUGGGACCGCAACCUCGACCCGCACGUCGCCCGCACGCGUCUCCGGCCCAUCGCCCGCGGCGCCGUGAGCCCGCAGUCGGCCGUGGUCUUCACCGGCGCGCAGCUGCUGACGGGACUCGCCGUGCUCCUGCAAUUCCCGCAGCCAUCCUGCUUCUUCUACGGAGCGCCCAGCCUCUUCUUCGUCGCGACCUACCCGCUCGCCAAGCGCGUGACGUACUACCCGCAGGCUGUGCUGGGUCUGACCUUCUCGUGGGGCGCCAUGAUGGGCUUUCCGGCGCUGCACGUCGAUCUCCUGAGCGACUCCGUUGCCGCGACUGCCGCCGGUUGCCUGUACGCCAGCUGCGUGGCGUGGACGGUGCUGUAUGACAUGAUCUACGCACACAUGGACAUCCGCGACGAUGUUAAGGCUGGCAUUAAGAGCAUUGCCCUUGCCCAUGAGAAAAAUACUAAGGCUGUGUUGUCUGGUCUGGCCGCCGUGCAGGUCGCCCUGCUGGCUACCGCUGGCUCGGUCGUUGGCGCGGGCCCGGUCUUCUUCGUCGGCAGCGUGGGCGGCGCUGUGGCGACGCUGGGGGCGAUGAUCUGGAGGGUCAAGUUGAAGAGCGUAGCGGAUUGUUGGUGGUGGUUUAGGAACGGGUGCUGGAUGACUGGAGGCGCUAUUUCGGCAGGAUUGCUGGGCGAGUACCUUGCACAGCUGUUUGGAUGGUAUGGAGAUGAUGUGGAGGAGAAAAAGGAGGUAUUGUCGGCAUAA